CUCACGGAAUGAGUCCUGCUUCUUCUGUGAGACUUGGCAGCUCUGGGCAGCCGGGAUCAGAGCCAACUACCCGGUAUUACUUUUCCUAUUCCAACGCGGAACCAUGAGCCUUCUUCUUUGGGGUCGGGGCUGUGUGGUUGUUGUCUCUCAUCGCGGGAGGAUACAGAUGGCUCCCCCCUCGCCCUUUCUUUGCAAACCCUGUGCCAGGGGCACCCCACUUUUUCUCCGGGCGCGGUAGACGGUGGUUCGCCGGCGAUGCGAAGCAGUCUGCGCCGGGGCUGGCAUCCACCCUGCCGGAGCGAAUGCGGGCAAGCAGGUAGAAGGGCAUGCUGCCGCGCACCAAGUACAACCGCUUCAGGAAUGAUUCUGUGACAUCAGUCGAUGAACUUGCACACCACCUAUCCAUGAGCGGCGGCGGCGACGGCGGCGGCGGCAAGCUCUCCGCUGUGCCGGCGACCUCUCCCGGGUCCGCGUAUUUGGUAUCCAGCGAGGGGCUGCGCCAAGCUCCGGAAGACAGGCCCCGACACCUAGGCCACCUGAUCCACAAGGUGUCCCACCUGAAACUCUCCAGCUCGGGCAUCCGGAGUGUGUCCUCGGCGGCGCGGGAGGGCGGCGGCGCCAAGCGCUCCGGCAGCUGUAGCGCCCCCCGCUUGGCCUGGGGCGCCCGGGACCGCCCAUGUGCCAGCCUCCAGGCCAGGGGCAGUGCGCCGCCCGCGCCCAGCGCCAUGAGCAACCCCAGGAAGGGCCGGCCGGCCGAGGAGCUGAUUCCCAGGCCCCCCCGGGGCUGGCUGCAUGCCAGCGACCAGGUCCUGGGACCCGGAGUGACAUAUGUGGUGAAGUACUUGGGGUGCAUUGAAGUUCUGCGCUCAAUGAAAACUCUUGACUUCAGUACAAGAACACAAAUUACCAGGGAAGCCAUCAGCCGUGUUUGUGAAGUUGUCCCUGGUGCCAAAGGAGUCAAGAAAAGGAAGCCUCCAAGCAAAAUGUUGUCCAGCGUCUUGGGAAAGAGCAAUCUCCAGUUUGCAGGGAUGAGUAUCUCUCUCACCAUUUCCACCACCAGCCUGAACCUGCGGACGUCAGACUCCAAACAGAUUAUUGCGAACCAUCACAUGCAGUCCAUCUCCUUUGCCUCCGGUGGAGACCUGGACACAACAGAUUAUGUUGCGUAUGUAGCUAAAGAUCCUGUUAAUCGCAGAGCAUGUCACAUCCUGGAGUGUUGUGGUGGACUUGCCCAGGAUGUCAUCAGCUCCAUUGGACAGGCAUUUGAGCUUCGGUUCAAGCAAUAUUUACAGUGUCCUUCCAAGAUACCUGCUCUUCAUGAUCGAAUGCAGAGUCUAGAUGAGCCAUGGAACGAAGAAGAAGGAGACGACUCUGACCAUCCAUACUACAAUAGCAUUCCAAAUAACGUGUCAGCUCUAAAGGGGUUUCAGAACACCCCACAGAACAUUAGACCCCGUGUUCCUGACGUGGCUCAGUUUUCAGAGAAAGAGCAAACAUACUACCAAGGAAGACACUUCGAAGACAAGUUUGGCGAAGACUGGACGCAGCCACCUGCUAGACAAGAAUCUUUAGACAUCUACAGCGUGCCAGAGAGAACGUUGUUUGAGACCCCUCAAGAAGAAGCACCCACCUACAUCAAUACCCAGCACAUCCCACAACAGGACAGGGCAGCUGUGGGAGGAGCAGGAUUGAACACAGACACCAGGGAUGCAAGCAGCAGCGGAAAGAGCAGCCCUCAGAAAGACCUGUUUGACAUGAAACCUUUUGAAGAUGCUCUCAAGAACCAGUCUAUGGGGCCUGUGUUGAGCAAGGCUACCUCCUUAGAGUACAUCACCCCCAUCUCCCUCAGAGUCCCAGAUGCCAAGAAGCUGGAAGAACUAAAGGCAGAGCCAUGGUACCAAGGAGAGAUGAGCAGAAAGGAGGCCGAGGGGCUGCUGAAGAAAGACGGAGACUUCCUGGUCAGGAGAAGCACUAUGAGCUCUUGCACCUUUGUCCUUACGGGCAUGCACAAUGGCCAGGCCAAGCACCUGCUGCUAGUGGACCCUGAAGGAACGAUCCGCACCAAGGACAGGGUCUUUGACAGUAUUGGCCACCUCAUCAACCACCACUUGGAGAACAGCCUGCCCAUCGUCUCUGCUGGGAGUGAACUCUGCCUGCAGCAGCCAGUGGAAAGGAAACAGUGACUAACGAGCCUCACACCAGCUUCCAAUUAAUGAAAUGACAACAACUGGGAUCUUUCAAGAGACUUGUAGGCUGUGGGCUGUGAAAAAGGGGAAGUGCCUGGAGGCUUAUUCAAAACCCUAAAGGAAGGUCCAAUUCAACAAGCGUGUUCUAAGUUCUUAUAUGUGCAUUAAGAGUGUACAUACCUAA